AUGGCAGUCAGUAUAUAAAGUGAACGUGAGUGACCAUACCAUAUCAAACGCUACUUGCAUCUACUUGUUGCAAUGCUGUGAUGUCCGCUUUCACUCAAAGCUUGUGCAAGACAAAUGGGAUGCCCUGGUGCCAGCAGAGAAGGUCUAUCAUCAGGCCAAGGCUCUCAAAGCAGCUUUCAAUCUCAAGAAUAAGGUGGACAAGCUGAUUAAUCACCUUGCACAGGACAUGAGCAUGGUCAUUGGCUCAGAAGCUGCCUACCUGCUGGUGGCCGCUGAGAGUGAGCAUGACGCUGCUGUGUCUCAGCUGCAAAAGCUCAAUCACAAGGGCAACAAGGACUCUCAGACCCUCUCCCUCCUUCUCAGUCUCAGCUGCAACAGCUCAACAACAAGCGCCACAAAGACUCUCAGACCCUCCCCCCUCCUUGUCAAAGUUUGUAUACCAGCACAUGGAUUGGCAGCCAAUGGCCAUAUAUGUGCUUUACCACAUACCCAAUGCAGCCUCUCACAACUUGGUCACUGUCAAAGGGUUCUGCAUCCAGGCAUGUGGCAAGUACCUGCUUGCCAAUAAUUUAAGGAGCAGGCUGGUCUUCUACAUGUGGCAACAGGGCCUGGAACAAUGA